GUCCUUCCUCCUGAGCCCUCCCCACACAUCGCGCCUGCCUCUCGUCAUUGCCUCCACUGAGCUCACCAGUCCAGAUGGCACAAUUUGGUUCUACGAGCCGCUCUACGGGGGCGCCGUCCCUGUCUGACCUCGUUUCUCAGUCGCGCAAGCUCACCUCUGCCAUCGAGCGCGACCGCAAUGGGCUCGGGUCGGACAUUCCCUCAAUCAACCUCGCCCUUGAUCAGCUGGAGAGCCAGAGUAGGAGCUUGGCAGCAGGAGGGUCAUCAGGUGUACCUACAGGCGCAGACUCGAAGGCGCAUUACUUCCUAGCAUCAGCAGGCAUUGAUGCCUUCACCCUCUCGCAGAACGUCAAUCAGACCAAUAUUGCGUCUGCUUUUGAGCCCCUCGAGCCGCUCCAGGAUACUGACGUGCAGAGCUACCUUCAGCAUGAGCAGCAGCAGAUCAUCCUGAGCGCCAUCGAUGAAGGCAGGCGCGAGACCUUGGACAACUUCAAUCGAAAUCUCGCUAGGACGAUGCAUUCACGCUGGAGUCGACAGAAGAAGCAGAUCUUUGAGGAGCUCGGACAACACCAGGUCAGCGGUAUGAGCGACAACUUGCCCGGCAGCAGUCGCCAGAUCACAGGCAAGGGCUCAGCUGGCAAGGCUUUGCUAGCCUCUUCCUCAACUAUGACCGAUCCCCCUUUGACAUCGCUCUCCAUGCACACCAAGCUCAUGUCCUACGAUACCCUCAUUCGCUCUCUAAACCAGCAUCGUCUCAGUGAAACGCCGUUCCCUUUGGCAUCCGAGCUCCUCCGUACUUCGCAAGCUUCGACGGGCGGAGCUGGUGAAACACAGACUCAAUUGGCAGAAUGCUGGACGGCAGUAAAGAAUAUCGUCGGAGAAGACCAGCAUGGGAACGUGCCACGCGAGCGAGAGUUCUCAUCAGCGUACGUAGAUGCUACAAGACUCUACGGCUCGCCAGAGGGCCAGCAGCUGCGCUCGAAGAUCGCAAGGGGGGCUCGUGCGUUCCUGGAGUCGCAAUUUGAGACCCACGUCGACAACAUCAUCGCCUCGAACCCCUCAAAAGCUCAGCUGGGAGGACAACCGGGUAUCGUGUCACGAGUAGCAGCAUUCCUCCGAGUCAGCUUGCUGAGUCGCGAAGGAAGAUGGGCUCCAGAGCUAGAGUUGGUCAAGCAGUCACCGACUUCGGUCGCUUUGCCAUUGUGGGCAACCGUAUUCCACCUUCUCAGGACUGGUCACGCCUCGGAUGCUCUGCGGCAGGUGGAGGAGUACGAGGGUGCCCUACGAAGAGGUGACGGGGGCUUCGUGGGCUGGUUCCGAGAGUGGAUCGAGAGCGGGGGAAGAGGGCUUUCAAGAAGCAGCAGAGAUCGAUUCUUUGCCGAAUACAAUGCUCGCUUCCGCAACUUGAGCCUUGGCGGCAACAGCUCCACAGGAGACGCUAGCGGCGUCGACCCGCACAAGAUCGCCCUCUACCGGUUGGUGGGUCGUGUGGAUCCGACUCGCAAAUUCCCGACUGCGUUGACCAGGAGCACAGAGAACUGGCUAUGGCUGCAGCUCAUCAUGACGCGCGAGCCUUCGGUGGGCGGCGGAGCGUUUGGCGGGGCUCCCUCUACCGCAAAUGAAGCCGAUGAGGACGAGAGGGAGAGCUACACUCUCGAGAAUCUGGCCAGGAAGCUGAGGACAUACGGCGAGAAGCACUUCGAUCCCAAGGGUCGUAGGCCCCUUCAUUACUUCCUCGUCUUGCUCCUCAGCGGCGAGUUCGAGAGGGCAGUGGCUUUCCUCUACUCACGACCCCAACACCAAGCCGAUGCAGUGCACUUCGCAAUUACCCUGGCAUACUAUGGACUCUUGCGUUGCCCUUCUUCCCAGAGCAGCAGAUCGGCCGUUGGCGGGGAGAUCCUUACGACACAGAGCGACGCUGUUGGCCGAGAGAUCCCCUCUCUGGAUCUGGCCCGGAUCAUCUCUCGCCACAUCCGGCUCUUCUCUUCUUCCGAUGCGCGCUCGGCCCUCGAAUACCUCUACCUCAUUUGUCUCAAUGUAGAGAGCUCUGUAGCAAGGGAGACGCAGGAGGACCAGCGUCAGAAGUGCUACGACGCAAUCAAGGAUCUUGUCUGUCAGACGAGGUUGUACACAGACCUUGUUGGGGACAUCCGCGUUGAUGGGGCUCGGGUACCUGGUGCAAUCCAGCAGAACCUCAAACUGUUGCGUAUGGCAGACGAGAGGGAUUACCUUAGGCAGAUUGUUCGAGCUGCUGCUGUGCAGUCCGAAGCGGAACACCGCACGCGAGAUGCCAUCCUGCUCUUCAACUUGGCAGAGGAGUACGACACUGUCGUCUCUGUGCUGAACAGGGAAUUGGGCGCUUCGCUCUUCCUCUCCGAUCCAGAUGCAGUAGAGAGCUUGAACCCACAGGCGAACCUUUCGGCUGCCGAGAAUUCGGCGCAGUUGGCAAAGGCCAUCCUCGACACGUACGAAGGGCAAAACCAUAUCGUGAGGAGGGUAGAGGCUAGGAAGCGGGAGACUUGUCGCCUGCUCCUGGAGCUGAGAAGGGCAGUGGCCUUUGUCAGAAACGGCGACAUGGAGAAGGGACUGAACUCCAUCGAGUCUACGGGUCUAUUCCCCCUCUCCGGGGAUGUCGUCUCCAUCUCCCGCCGAGCCGAGUCCUUCUUCAGGGACAUUGACGAGUCAGUUGGACGCAACCUCUCCGAGCUGCUCCUGAUGACGAUGGACAUCCUCUACAAGGUCCACGCAUCUCUCAAGAGCUCCACCACCAGUGGUAUUGCUACGAAUGGAGCGGGGGAGGGCAAGGAGGCGCGUCUGGCCGAGGUCAGGAACAAGGCGAGGUCGUUGAUGAUGUUUGCUGGAAUGCUGCGAUUCAGGAUCGAGCAGGCUGUGUUCGCACAGCUGACCAGGCUCGAUGCUUUCAUUCGUUGAGAAGACAUCAAGGUGGAAGGAAGAGAUGAUAUGAAGAUGCCAUUCUAGUCUGCAUCACAACCAAUCAAUUCGGCAUUGAAGUACAAUUGCCGCUCAUAAGAAUUUGCUGCCAGAACCGCUGCUACCGAAUCGAUCACCCAGUCCACGAGCGUCAUUGAGCAGCUUUGCCUUCUUCUUCUCGUCCAUCGUAGGGAUAAAACUCAUCGCUCUAUCGCGAUCCCAGAUCAUCGUUGAGGCUCCACCUUUGCCAG